UUGUCAGAAGCGAAAUUAAAGCGCAUCAUAGAGUACAAUGAAAGACAAAAGCAGCAACUAGACAUCCCUCGCAUAGCUGUUUCCGAAGCUUCUAAAGGCCUAAUUUCAUACUGCAAGGAAGUGCGCGAUCCUCUGGUACCGUCAGUGUGGGGACCCAUUCCUAAGACAGAGGAUCCUUUCACCUCGUCAUCGACUAAAAGCGGUUGCUGUAUUAUUAUGUAA